AUGUCUUAUUUUUUGAUACUUCCUGAUGCAAGCAAUCGACCUCUUACAGAUAAUGAACUUUCCUUCAACCGAGUACAAAAUUUUGGACCCACACCAGGAUACGGUCCCAUUAGAACACCUGCUUGCAAAUUAAUGGCUACUCCAAUGUCUAUGGGUGGGAUGUUGGAGGAGGACCGAAAUCAAACUUAUGACUUGCCCACUGAAAUUCAAAGUGUAGACAAUUUGCCAUUUUUUAAACAAGAAGACAUACAAUACUUUGAUAAAAAACGGAACCCUGCCCAUGAGAAAGACGGCACUUCGCAAAUAACUGACAAAGCUCAAGAUUUUG